ACUGGGUGGGGAUGCAUAUAUUGUCAUUUCAGUGAAAAAGUGCAUGCCAUGUCCUGAGGGCUGGAGACAUCUAGAGGACAAGUGUUACUACUUCAGUGAUGACAAAUUAGACUGGAAACACAGCAGGGAUAGCUGUGCAUCUAUGGGCAGCCAUCUAACAAUACUGCACACCCAUAAACAACAUGAUGCUCUGGAGAAAAUAGCCCGCAGCAUUGGUGGGUUUGAUUACCAUUUCUGGAUCGGCCUGUCAGAUGCUGAAGAAGAAGGAGUGUGGAAAUGGGUGGACAACACACGGGUCAAUAAAACGUACUGGAAUGAAUGGGAUAACGAGCCUAAUAACCACGAGUCUGGUGGGCUUCAUGGUGAGGACUGUGCUGUGCUCAAUGCCCACUCUAGAACCUGGUUCGACGUGCCCUGCGACCACAUCUACAAACGCAUCUGUGAAAUGAAUAGUGUCAACAUUGAUUAAUUAACUUAGUCAUUAAAAGUGUAGAAAACAAUUGUGUUUUUUCAAUUUUUGUAAAAAUAAAAUGUAAAAAAUGUAGAAAGCAGUGUUGUUUGUGUGACCUUUAGAGAAUUUAAAUGUAUUUUUGUACCUUUGUACUUGUUCUCUACAAAUAAAGAGAUUUGGCAGA